UAAGAACCACCGUUUACAAUGGGCUGACUCACAGGAGAUGACAGGAUGCAGACUAAGUUUUGAUGGCAUCCCAUUCCAAAAUAAAGUUUUAGAAUGCCAAAAUGGGCCAGACAGAAAUAAGGCACUCAAAAGGAAGGAGGCUCAAAAGAGACUACAAAAAGAUAAGGAGAAUGCUGAUCACUGCUAUAACAACACCAAACAGCGCUUUAAAGUACAGGAUACGAAGAAAUGUGACUGUCCAGCAAAGAUCCACCUAAGGAAAAUAAUCAAGUAUCCUGAAAAUAAGAUUUCAGAGAACACAAAGAGUAGAAGGGAGACAAUGUCAAAAUUUCUGAGAACAUCCCUAGAGUCAGAAAAGAAGCAAACAAUAGCUACAGAGGAGCGUAUUUACAUAUUACUUCCUAAACCUACGGAUCACUUAUUUCACCCCAUGGGGAGGACUGCUGGGCUACUUCAGCCUAUUGAUGAGACACUGGUUAAAAAAAUUCAUGAGCUUGUUGGAAGUGGUGUUAAUUGUGUUUCUGAAAUGCAACGGCACCUGCAUCAUUAUGUAAAGAAGGAACUUUUCACAGGCCAACAGCCUCCAGAUCUAACCAACAGACGGUUCUUCCCAACAACCAUGGAUGUCAGGAACCACAUGUAUUGUGCCACAGUGGUGUGCAGACAUUCACAAAUUGAUCAAGAAAACCUUGACUUAAAAAUCAAGAAGUGGAAAGAAGAAAGCCCAGAUGAUAAUUUCUUUUUCAGGCCUUACUGCCUAACAAGUGAUAGUGAGUCCUAUCAACAACCACAGUCACUGAAGGAAGAAGACAGCACUGAUGUAAUUAAAAUAAGUAUAGGUGAUCCAUUUUAAAGAAGACAACAUGGCUGUGUGAUUCUGAGAUACAUGCUGGUCAGAUCCUCCUAAAACAAAAAUUCCCUCUUGUAGAUGGUCUAAGGGACCCUGUUAUUGUGGGUGCAUUAGUCACUCCAGCCAUUAGUGAGUUUGUACAGAUCAU